AUGCCGGCGUCGAUCGACGGACCGGUGAAAAAGUUUUUGCCCGGCGCUGUAAUCGACGACAUCCUCGCCACGGGUGGCUCCGCCUUGGCGUGCUGCGGCAUCCUCGAGCAGCUCGGGAUGCAUAUCCACGAGGGCUACUCGGUCUUCGCGCUCGCGAAGUUCUGCGACGACCGCGUCGAGGGCAAGAUGCUGUGGACGACGGAUGUCGUCCUCUCGCCGCACAUCGGGAAAAUGAACAAGCAGCACUGA